AAGCCAAGGUGCUGCUGUGCUAAAUCUACUGUCGUCUGACGAGCACGGCACGGGAUAGUAGCAAAAAUUUGAAAGCACAGCGAGUAUAAUUUUGUCGCGGUGGGAAAUCUACUAUGCUCGGCGAUGAGAGCAAAGUAUGGUGCCCCAUUUUCGCCCUUCAUGCUGUGACUCUCAGCUUCACACAUUGUGUCCUCCAUUUCCAUUUGUUUUCUUGAGAAAGGGCUCAUGUCUUUGCAUUCAAUCGCCCUAGAGUCAACUUCACUGCUACUCCUUUAUUCAGAAAAUGCCACCGCUGGAAUUAUGUUGCUCACAGGAACAAUCUCGUCCUCCAGUUUUGUUCAAAUUUAAUUGCGAUGCCGCCUCGUUCAAUGUAGGCGGCUUGUUUCUCGAACCCACGAUACCUGAUUCCUUUACCCGUUUGAUUUCGUCUAUAAUUCCUCCCGGUACUGCUUCUUGUUCGGUUUCUUCUGCGCACUAUUCCCAGCAAUCUGUAGUUUUUGGAGGUUUCCGGAGACCGAGGAAGACCUCGGCUACGGUUGGUGGUUGGUUUUUGUCGGCGAGCUUGAGAGGGGGUAAAUUUGUUGGGGACCCCAAGGUAGAUGCGGUGCAAAAUGGAGAUGAGAGCUCCGAGAAGGCUGCUUUGUGUGCCAACCCAGCUGCUGAGCAAGGAAAGUCACAGAAGGUUAGGGUGCGAGCCGGCAGUGCUAUGAACGCCACCAAGCAUCUAUGGGCUGGUGCUAUUGCUGCCAUGGUUUCUAGAACCUGUGUUGCCCCACUUGAAAGACUUAAGCUGGAAUACAUAGUUCGUGGUGAACAGAAGAAUAUUUUUGAGCUUAUUAAGACAAUUGCGGCUUCUCAAGGAUUGAGAGGCUUUUGGAAGGGGAACCUUGUUAAUAUUCUCCGAACAGCUCCAUUCAAAGCAGUUAACUUUUGUGCUUAUGAUACAUACAGAAAGCAGUUACUCAGAUUGUCAGGAAAUGAGGAAACUACCAAUUUUGAGAGGUUUAUUGCUGGUGCUGCAGCUGGAAUCACUGCUACCAUUAUUUGCCUACCACUUGACACUAUUCGAACCAAGAUAGUGGCACCUGGUGGGGAAGCCUUGGGUGGUGUAAUUGGAGCUUUCCGCUACAUGAUUCGCACUGAAGGGUUCUUUUCUCUUUACAAGGGUUUAGUGCCCUCGAUAAUAAGUAUGGCUCCUUCUGGAGCAGUUUUUUAUGGAGUAUAUGAUAUACUGAAAUCUGCAUAUCUGCAUUCGCCCGAAGGAAUGAGAAGGAUCCAGAACAUGCGUAAACAGGGGCAGGAAUUGAAUGCCUUCGACCAGCUUGAGUUGGGGCCAAUAAGGACACUACUAUAUGGGGCUAUUGCUGGUGCUUGUGCUGAGGCUACUACCUACCCGUUUGAAGUGGUAAGGAGGCAGCUUCAAAUGCAAGUCCAAUCCACAAAAUUAAGUUCAUUAGCAACUUGUAUCAAGAUUGUUGAGCGAGGAGGCGUUGCAGCUCUUUAUGCUGGACUUAUUCCCAGUUUAUUACAG